UCAAAGUCAAAACAUUUAGCAAAAAUCCAACUGUACUCUCACCCUCUCGUCCCUGCUCUACUGCCUUUUUUAUUCUUUUCAAAAAGAUAAAGAGAACCACGGAGUAGUAACUCGGAGCUCUCUCUCUCUCUUCAUAAUCGAUUGCAUCGACAGAUCGAAGAUCUCUUCCGAGAUUCUGGAAUUAGGGUUCUCAGAAACCCAAUAAAUGAAAGAAGCGAGCCCGACAGAGCCAAUAGGGCAGAACCUUAUCAAACUCAUCAGCAAUGUCUGCUUCUCCGUCUUCGUCUUCUCCGUCCUUAUAUUUACUGUAAUUGCGAUUACCUACCAACCUCCCGAUCCAUGGCUUCAAUCGUCCAAAGCCCUUACCAGGGUUUUCACAGAAGUUGAGAACGCUACUUUCAAAAUCGACGGUUCCGUCCUCCCAACCGGCGAGGAUGUCGGCAUUGCCCCUGUCGUAUCACCAUCCGCCGUUGUUCAGAUCACCGAAGCCUCAAUUGAGAAAUCUGAAGAGAAAAUGGUGAACUUGAGUUCUCUUCCAAGCUGCGACGAAUCUCUGAAGACUGUCAAUUGUUCUGAUCCGCGUGUCCUGAUUGCCAUAGAGAAGUUUAAUCUUAAGAUCUUCAAAUCGAUCGUGUUCUUGGAAUAUCAGACGCCAGUAAAUGGAUCGAAACCGAAUGAAUGUGAUGUGGCCUGGAAGUUUCGGAACAAGAAGGAGAAGUCUUGGCGCAAGUACAGGGAUUUCAGGAGGUUUAGGAUCGGUAUCGGAGAGAAUUGUAGCUACAGAGUUACCGGUGCCAAUGGCUGGCAUUCGGGGAUAAACGCUAGGCGGCCAAGGCCUAAAUUGAAUUCGACAAAGAGCACAGGAGCUCCCAAGGCUUCUUUGGCUAUUCGCGAUGAUGAGAUCAAUGACACUAUCCCUACUGUUGGAUCGGAGGCUGCUUUCAGGAAGGGGAGGUAUCUGUACUAUUCGCGUGGGGGGGAUUACUGUAAAGGAAUGAAUCACUUCCUCUGGAGUUUCUUGUGUGGUCUUGGAGAGGCACAGUUUCUGAACAGAACAUUUGUUAUGGAUCUGAGUAUGUGCUUGGCCGCAACCUAUAAUCCGAGUAACAAGGAUGAGGAAGGAAAGGAUUUCCGGUACUACUUUGAUUUUGAGCAUCUUAAGGAGACGGCUUCAAUUGUGGAGGAAGGAGAGUUUCUGAAGGAUUGGAAGAAAUGGGAUAAGACCCAUAAGAAGAAGAUCCCCAUUAGGAAGGUUGCAAGCUACAAGGUUACAUCAAUGCAACUUAAAAGGGAUAAGAGCACAAUUAUAUGGCGGCAAUUCGAUGCACCGGAGCCGGAGAAUUACUGGUACAGAGUCUGUGAAGGGCAGGCUGCAAAGUAUGUGCAGAGACCCUGGCAUGCUAUAUGGAAGUCAAAGAGACUGAUGAAUAUUGUUUCUGAGAUUAGUGGGCGGAUGGACUGGGAUUUUGAUGCAGUUCAUGUUGUUCGAGGAGAAAAGGCACAGAAUAAGGAGCUCUGGCCACAUUUAGAUGGUGAUACAUCUCCAGGUGCCCUCUUAGAGAAGCUUAAAGGGAUGAUUCAGCCUUGGAGAAAUCUGUAUAUUGCUACCAAUGAACCAUUCUAUAACUAUUUUGAUAAGUUAAGGUCUCAAUACAAAGUCCAUUUGCUUGAUGAUUACAAGGAGUUAUGGGGAAAUACCAGUGAGUGGUACAAUGAGACCAAGCUCUUGAAUGACGGACGCCCUGUUGAAUUCGAUGGGUAUAUGAGAGUGGCAGUGGACACUGAGGUCCUGUACAGGGCAAAGACACGUGUAGAGACAUUCUAUAAUUUGACAAAGGAUUGCAAGGAUGGCAUCAAUACAUGCUGACCCAAGGCGGAGGCAGAACCUUUACCAGGUUGAUGUUGAGAAUGGAAUAGCUGCAAGACUUCUUGGUCAAUUGCUUGAUAAUCUACUUUUCAUUCUUUUUUUUUUUUUUUUGAGGUAAGAAUACUGCAAAGAUCUUUUCAGGCCUGUUGUUUUGUUGUUCUUCUAUUAUAUUCAUUUACCCCAUUGUCUACAUCAGGCUGAUUUCUGUAUGAUAUAUUCAACAAUUUUUGUCAUUGAUUCCUUAUAUUUAUAUCC